GGACAACGAGGUGUCCUCAAAUGUCAGCCCUGGUGUCCCGACUGUCCCAUUUGCGUCAGGCGGUGUCUCGAUCAGUGAUACAGACAGGCGGUUGUUACGCCGAGUGAUCUGGACUAUUAUUGGGGUCAAUAUACAUGACAACAGUUUCAGCCCG